GGGACGACUAUGCUUGCCUCACCACGUUUGAUAGUUUUGCACGCGUCAUAGUACUACUUCGUAGUCUUUCUGACCGGAAUUCACACUCCAGAGGCAGAUCAAGCACACUGUGCGCGGUCUCCUCUGUAAGUAGUCUCUCACAAUGCCAGCCAAGUCGCGGUUCACGCGGCUUGACGCCUUCACCAAAACAGUCGAAGAUGCCCGAGUACGCACCACAUCGGGUGGCAUUGUCACGAUAGCGUCCAUUGUCAUCAUCAUAUAUCUCAUACUGGGUGAAUGGGCAGACUACAGAAAAAUCUUGGUACAACCGGAGUUGAUCGUGGAUAAAGGCAGAGGAGAAAAGAUGGAGAUACAUCUCAACAUGACCUUUCCUCGAAUACCUUGUGAGCUGCUUACGCUCGAUGUUAUGGAUGUGUCCGGCGAACAACAGACUGGGGUGGUGCAUGGAGUGAACAAAGUGAGGCUGUCGCCUUACAAGGAAGGCUCGAGGGUAAUCGACACCACUGCUCUUGUUCUACACGAACAGGACGCAGCAACACAUCUCGACCCAGACUAUUGUGGCUCGUGUUAUUCGGCACCUGCGCCACCGAAUGCGAAGAAGCCUGGGUGCUGCAAUACCUGCGACGAGGUACGCGAAGCAUAUGCCGCAAACAGCUGGGCCUUUGGGCGAGGUGAGGGCGUCGAGCAGUGUGAGCGGGAGGGUUAUGGUGAACGACUAGACGCUCAGAGGCAAGAGGGUUGCAGGAUUGAGGGUGCCAUCCGUGUCAACAAAGUGGUUGGCAAUUUCCACAUUGCACCAGGGCGCAGUUUCAGCAACGGAAACAUGCACGUCCACGACCUCAACAACUACUUCGAUUCACCCGUCGAGGGUGGACAUACAUUCACCCACGAGAUACAUUCGCUACGUUUCGGACCACAGCUGCCGGACGAGACAGCGGCGAAAUGGAGCGAUCACCACCACUCGAAUCCGCUGGAUGGCCACAGGCAGGAUACCGAUGAGGUGGCGUACAAUUUCAUGUACUUCAUCAAGGUGGUUUCGACGUCGUAUCUGCCAUUGGGCUGGGACGAAGACCGGAGCAUGAAACAACACUCAAGCUUGAGCGAUCUUAUCCCGUUGGGCAUGCAAGGGCGCGGGGCGGGCAGCCAAGGCAGUAUCGAGACACAUCAGUACUCUGUUACAAGCCACAAGAGGUCACUGAGUGGAGGCUCUGAUGCAGCAGAGGGUCAUAAGGAACGUUUACAUGCUCAUGGUGGGAUACCCGGCGUUUUCUUCUCAUAUGAUAUCAGUCCUAUGAAAGUGAUCAACCGAGAGGCCAGACCAAAGACAUUUGCCAGCUUCCUGACCGGCGUCUGUGCUGUUAUUGGAGGCACGUUAACUGUCGCAGCGGCCAUUGACCGAGGACUGUAUGAAGGGAGCGCGAGGAUAAAGAAAAUGCACCAGGGUUAGCAUGAUAUAUGUAUUGAUGUAUGAACUUUUUUG